AUGGCUGAUAUCCUCAGAAGUGACGUCACUGAUGACAUCCUGUGCGACAUCGGCAUGCCGGUCAUGCACCGGAACGUGCCCUACAACUGCCGGGUUUGGGUCGUCAACCGCAAAAUCGUCGGCAUCCGCCCGAAGAUCUACUUGGCCAAUGACGGGAACUACCGGGAGAUGCGUUGGUUUACACCAUGGUACAUUGAUCCAAGCAAAGCAGGCUUCGGCGAACUGGAAGAGUAUUUCCUCCCCAGGGAGAUUGGUGAGAUCACUGGACAAGCGAAGGAUACUUGCCUGGCAACAGAGACUUGCGAGGAGUUGUUCACACCAGAUGCACCACAUAUCAAACUGGCCUUAGAUGGUGUGGAGAUUAUCGCCAACGGCUCUGGGAGCCAUCACCAACUGAGGAAGCUGGAUAAGCGCAUCGACCUGGUGCGUGGUGUGGCUACCGUGAACUUGAACGACGUGCGCUCCAUGCGCUCGAACUUCAUUGCUCGCUCCUUCCAAGCCUCCUCGACCCCCACCGUGCAGCGUGUGGAGGUGGACUUCUGCUGUUGCCAUGCGGAGCCCCUGACCAUUGCUGAGUCUCAACCCAUCGAGCAGCCUGAUGCUGGAGGUCUUUGUUGGUUCACGGUGGCCGGCGUGCAGAGGCCCAAGAUCGUGGGACCCAUGGAGGAGAUCGCCUAUGGCCCGUCGGCCUGGCUUUGGGACUAUCUCCGCCGCUCGGGGCAGCGGGGCUACUUCUUGCCUUUGUCCGGUGGAGCUGACUCCUCCUCCACUGCAGCGCAGUGUCAGCGGGUCUUCCAGGAGUUGACCGAAGGCACUGAGAGGUCCAAAAAGGCGGUGCUGGCGGACAUUCGGAAGGUCACGAAAAGGCCCUUCUACACGCCAGCCUCAUGGCAGGACUUGUGCGGGAAGAUCUUCGUGACGUGUUACAUGGCUUCGGAGCACAGCGGCUCUGAGACCCGGAACCGCGCGGCCAACCUGGCCAAGCAAAUCGGAGCCAAUCACACCUCGAUCGCUAUCCGGCCGAUCACUGAUGCUAUCGUGAAGGUCUUUCAGCAGUGUAACUUCGAGGGUACCAAGAUUGAUAAGAGCAAGGUGAAGUCAGAUGCAGUUUGGAAUGCCAGUGGCACUGAGGACAUCGCUUUGCAAAAUAUUCAGGCGAGAAGCCGAAUGGUGAUGGCCUAUUUCAUGGCCCAGCUCAUGCCCUGGGCAACGGACCAGGCCAUGCAAGGGGACGCUGGCCCCGGCUGGGGCUCUUUGCUCGUGCUAGGCUCUGCCAACGUGGAUGAAGCCUUGCGCGGCUACUACACCAAAUACGACUGCAGUGCAGCGGACGUGAAUCCAAUUGGUGGCCACGUGGCGGAACGUAUCAAUAAGAGAGAUUUGAAGGCUUUCCUGAAGUGGGCUGCCAAGGAGAGAGGUAUCGGCGAAUUGGAGCGCGUGGCGAACGCGGUGCCCACCGCCGAGUUGCGGCCGGACAAGGCAGCUGAGACCGUCGUUCGGAGCAUGCGAUCAGCACGACGGUUCAUGGGGCGCGUGACCAUGGCUCGGCACGACCACCGAUGGGUGGCUGCCGCGGGCUUGGCUGUGGGUGUUCUUGGAUCGAAUGUUCACCCUGUGCGCUGCCACGGCGGCUCAUUCUACGCCAAGGAGAAUGAGAGAGCCGAAGUAUUGUCCAGCCCGGCGAUCGCUUUGUUAAUGUCCAUCAUCCGUGACCAACGCACCAGCCAGGUGGAGUUCGUCCGAACGGCGGAUCGUUUGAUGUCCAUUUUGGCGGAGGAGGGUAUUGCUCGACUGCCCUCGGUGAAGCCGCAGGUUCUCCAGAGCCCCUGCGGCCCCUACAACGGUCUCGCGGUACCGGAUGGCCACCAGCUUUGUGCUGUGGACAUUGUCCGUUCCGGUGGGAUCCUUCUCGAGGCCGUGCGGAAGGUUCUUCCAGAAUUGAAGACUGCAAAAAUCUUGAUCCAGCGGGAUGAAGAAACCGCCUUGCCGCAGCUGUUCUACUCCAAGCUUCCAGACGGGAUCGAAAAGUUGCAAGUGAUGCUGUGUGAUCCUAUGCUGGGCACUGGUGGCUCCGCCUUGUGUGCCAUCGAUGUGUUGAAGAAAGCUGGUGUCAAGGAGGAGAACAUCCUCUUCAUCAAUGUGGUCUCUUGUCCCGAAGGCCUCAAGGCCUUGGCUCAACGUGCACCCAAAGUGAAGAUCGUCACCUGCGCGUUGGAUUCUCAUCUCAAUGAGAAGUUCUUCAUCGUGCCUGGCGUGGGCGACUUCGGGGACCGCUACUAUGGCACUUCAGGCUAUGCCGAGGGCUUGUGGGGCCAAAAUGGCCGCUGA